AUGCCCAGGUCUACAGGAGACGCAGAAUCAACUCCUCUUGAUCCUGAUUUUGACACUACUUUACAACAAUACCUUGAUCGACGAAAGAAAGGGAAACAACAGUCAAAGAUUAAAAUGGGUGAUCUUCCUAUUAAAUCUUUGAAGAAUUAUUCGCAGCCCUCUCCGAGUGGUGUGCCUACUGGCAUUGCUAUGCCAAAUAUUCAAGCAGCAAACUUUGAGAUGAAACCGGCGUUGCUCACUAUGAUCCAACAGAAUCAGUUUGCUGGUCUUCCAACUGAAGAUCCUACACUUCACUUGCAAAGGUUUCAACAGCUCUGCUCUACCAUCAAGUUUCAGGGAGUCACUGCAGAUCAAGUGAAAGUUAUGUUGUUCGGGUUUUCUGUUCGUGAUAAAGCUCAGAAGUGGUUGAAUGAUAUCAAUGUGACCGAGUGGGAUGCAAUUGCUCAAGCCUUUCUCACUGAGUAUUUCCCUCCCAACAAAACUAAUGAUUUGGUUGACAAGUUGACCACUUUCAAACAAGAAUAUGAUGAAACUCUUAAGGAUGCAUGGGACAGAUUCAAAGAUAUUCAACGCUCGUGUCCUCAUCAUGGUCUUGAGAAGUGGUUUUUUCUCAAGUGCUUCUAUUAUGGUCUUGACUCCGAGACGAAGAGCACGGUAGAUAAUGCUGCAGGUGGUGUUUUUCAAGACAAAGGAGUUGAUGAUGGUUAUGUUUUUCUUGCAAAUCUAGCUGCAAAUCACUUCAAUAACCCCAGAGCACCUAAGAAAGGGGGUAAACUUGAAGUUGAUGCUUAUUCUCCUUUAUCAUCUCAACUCGCAACAUUGACACAAGAGAUUCACUCGUUGAAAACUUCACAAGCCCCUAAUACUCAACCUAUGAGUAUUAAUGCACUAUCUUCUAUGGCUCCUAUGAAUAAUCAGGUUUGUGAAGUAUGUGGUAUUCAAGGACACCUUGGUAAUGAUUGUCUGUACAAUGUUCAGAAUGCACAGAAUUUUCAGAUGGAGCAGGCAAAUGCUUUUCGGCAGAGGCAGCAAUAUAGUCCGUACUCCAACACUUACAAUCCGGGGUGGAGAGAUCAUCCUAAUUUCUCCUACAGGAAUAACAAUGGUCAAAAUCCUGAAAAAUGCCUUCUUCAGGUUUAG